AAAACCAUGCGGGAAUACGCUAAGAAGGUGCUCCGCAGCCUAUUCUCCCUGAAUUUGCGGUUAUGGGUGAGGGAGUACUGCCGGCGGAACGGCCUGUUGACGCUCUCCAUCUUCGCUGUGGUGACGGGGUGCGUCCUAGGCUUCUUACUGAGGAGUCUGAAUCUCUCCACCCAGGCGAAAAUCUAUUUCUCUUUCCCUGGGGAGCUGCUGAUGAGGAUGCUGAAGAUGCUGAUUCUUCCUCUGAUCACAUCAAGUCUCAUGUCAGGCCUGUCAGCAAUGGAGACCAAAGCCAGCAGCCGCAUGGGCGUUCUCACCAUCACCUACUACCUGUGGACCACCUUCAUCGCCGUCAUCGUGGGCAUCAUCCUGGUGAUCGCCAUACACCCGGGCACCGGCAGAGAGAAGGAGGGCCACCAUCAGGGGAGCGGACCUGUCAUGACAUCAGCUGACGCCCUGCUCGACCUCAUCAGGAACAUGAUUCCAGCCAAUCUGAUUGAAGCCACGUUUCAACAGUAUAAGACGGAUCUGGUGCCCGUGGUCAAACCUGCUGAGAAGACUGUGGAGCCCAACUACGUCUACAUCAUGCCAGACUACAAUGACCCUAGAUUAGGCCAUCCGGUGUUUCUGGAGCUCACACCUGCCCCAGAGGUCCAGUAUAAGAACGUUCCAGGCAGCAGCAAGCAGAUGAAUGUGCUGGGCAUCGUUAUCUUCUCUGCCACCAUGGGCCUUCUGCUGGGCAGGAUGGGAGAGAGGGGCAUGCCGCUGGUCAGCGUGUGCCAGUGCAUCAAUGAGUGCGUCAUGAAGAUCAUCAACGCUGCCAUGUGGUACUUCCCCUUCGGCAUCAUCUUCCUGGUGGCAGGGAAGAUCCUGGACAUGCAGGACCCCGCCACCAUCGGGGAGAAGCUGGGCAUGUACACGUUGACGGUCAUGGCGGGGCUUUUCGUGCACGGCCUGAUCCUGCUCCCCAGCUUCUACUUCAUCAUAACGCGCCAGAACCCCUUCCCCUUCAUCCGCGGCCUCCUGCAGGCCCUGGUCAUCGCCCUGGCAACCUCGUCCAGCUCUGCCACCUUGCCCAUCACCAUGAAGUGCCUGCUGGAGAACUGUGGUGUGGAUCGCCAGAUCGCCCGUUUCGUGCUGCCAGUGGGCGCCACCAUCAACAUGGACGGCACGGCGCUGUACGAAGCUGUGGCGGCCAUUUUCAUCGCGCAGGUCAAUGAGUAUGAGCUGGACUUUGGGCAGCUGGUCACCAUAAGCAUCACGGCGACAGCUGCAAGCAUCGGGGCAGCGGGGAUUCCGCAGGCCGGCCUGGUAACCAUGGUGAUUGUGCUGACAUCAGUGGGCCUGCCACCAGAUGACAUCACACUCAUUGUGGCCAUCGACUGGGUGCUAGAUCGAUUCCGAACGAUGAUCAAUGUGCUUGGAGAUGCCUUGGCCGCGGGCAUCAUGGCCCACCUAUGUCGAAAAGACUUUCCCACCAGCCGGCGGAGCACUGCCACAUCCUUCAGCGGCCUCUCUGGCAUGCAGAGCGCACACCGGACAAGCAUAGCUACGCCAACCGUGCCCCCGGCCGACGUGCCCCAGCCAGGUGGUCCUCAGACAGCCGUUCCAAUCAUAGUUGGGCCCCAGACGAGCACUCCUCAGACAAGUGUUCCCCUAAUAGGCGGGCCCCAGACGGCUGUUCCCCCAACCGCCGUUCCCUUGGUGGGAGGGCCCCAAACAGGGGUUCCCCUGAUGGGCCGGUCCCAAACUGGCAUGUCUCUGGCAGGCUUGCCUGUGGCAGAUGUACCACUGCUGGCUUGUAAGGACUGUGUGCUGGAGGUGAUGGGGGACCUGGUGACAGAGAGGCCAAACUUUUACUACAACAUCUGCCAUGUCUAA